UGAGAUAAUGUGUCCGGGCCAACCAAAAAAGAAAAGAGUCCGUUUUCUGUUUUAACUCGGGGCCCAGGCCGAUCAUGCUGCCGCGUAGCACUAGCAAUAGGAACGCUGUUCAGAGAAAAAUUUAGUGUAUCGUCGUCUUCGUCUUCAUCAAAUUGAGGUAGAAUUAGGGUUUUAGAUCUGAUACUUAUCGGAAUCUGAAAGUAGUCAAAGAAAUGGAAGGUCAAGUAAAGGAAGGAGACUCUCUGGAGAAGAGGCCUGGCAUCUUCUUCCUCGGCUCCCCCAACGUCGGCAAGCGCACUAUGCUUUCUCGAUUACUGGCUUUGGAUUUUGAUGAUGCUUCUGAUUCUUCUUCAUCUCAGCUCGUAGUUAAUGGGUGGAAUAUUUCUACAAAGUACUACACAGCUGAUGUUUCUGUAUGGAUGGCUCAUCUUCAUGAUGAAUUUUCCAUUGAGACCCUCCCAAUGUAUGACCAGUUGCAAGCCUUGAUCUUGGUCUUUGACACCACUGAGUUGUCGUCUCUGGCUGCACUUCAGAAAUGGGUAUCUCGCACUGAUCUUCAAAAAUUUGAUAUACUAUUAUGCAUAGGGAACAAGGUCGAUCUUGUUCCGGGUCACCCUGUUCAUGCUGAAUAUAGAAGACGCCUGCUGAAGCUUGGAGAUCCAUUUGCUGAUUCCGGUCCAGGGUUCACUGAGUAUGGAAUCUCCGAAACUGAAGGAAGUAGUUUACUGGGGGAUGACGAACCAUCUUGGGAGGCUAGGCAGUCGUGUUUGGAAUGGUGCACUGAGCAUAACAUUGAGUACAUUGAAGCUUGUGCUUCAAAUGUUGAUUUUGACAAAUGUUUGUCAGUUGAUGGCGAUUCACAAGGUGUUGAACGACUCUUUGGUGCUCUUUCUGCACAUAUGUGGCCUGGAAUGAUUCUGAAAUCAGGCGAUAAGAUUGCUGAACCGUCGUUACCUGAAAGAGAAGAAGACUUGUCAGAAGAAGAAUCUGAUUAUGAAUUUGAGUAUGAAAUCCUAUCUGCGGGUUCAGCUGAACCACAUGAAGACACGUAUACAGGAUGGGUUUCUGCAAAUGAUUUUGCCGGACCCUCAAGUAUGAGAGGACUGGCUGCUCAAAAUAAUCUUUUCCCAGAAUGCAAUCAAGAGAAUGGAACCCUUUGUGAUCAUGAGGAGCCACAGACCUCAACCUCGACAGCUGCGUUGCAUGAUGAUAUCAACAAAGGAGUGGUGUCCAAUGCAGAAGAGCCUGACCAGGGCACAGAACUUGACCAAGCCCAGGAACUAGAUGAGGAUACCCCUCUUGAAGUUGAGGAUUUGGAGCAGUUGAUGUCUGAGAUUGGGAACAUGCGCGACAGCUUGAGAUUGAUGCCAGAUUUUCAGAGAAGAGAAAUGGCUGCAAAGCUGGCUUUGAAAAUGGCCUCCAUGUUUGGGGGCAGCAGUGAUGAUGAAGUGGAAAGUAUCAGCUGAGUAAGGGAUAUCCGUAUUAAUGGAAAGAAAAAGGUAGAUGAGCUUUUUGGAAAUAUUUUGUGCUUCGUUUGCUCAGUUCUUCUCUUGUGCCGCACAUGGAGAUUCAGAAGUCUCUUUUUUUUUUUGGUGGGGUCAAUACCCAUUAACUGUGCUCAAUCCUUUAUAGUGGUAAGAAACUUUUGUUUUUAUUCAACCAUUGAAAAUGUUAGGUUGUACUUCACAUGUGGGAGGGUGACAUUUGUGUAGGAGCACAAUUAGCUGUGGUGUGAUGAUGCAAAACUUUGAUAUGUAAACCAAAAUAUAUGAAUUAGAUAUUUUUA